AUGAAUCAAUCACUUGAACUUCUUCCACCACUGUCCUCUGCGACGAUGUCUCGUUCAAACGGGCGCUCGGAGCCAGAGGUGAUAGUGAACUACGGCGAUGGUUUCGCAUAUUCGAAACACAAAAUGGAAGAGGCUUUUCGGCCAGGAGGAUUUCUAGAGAAGCCUCCUGCAAAGCCUGCAGCUAUCAAGGAUCCAUCUGCGCCAGUUCUGAAGAGGGAGGAUGUGGAUCUCAUCGUACGUGAAUUCGAGAUCCCUCGAGCAAAUGCGGAGAAGGUACUCUCUGAGAAUGGUGGUGAUAUCACGAAGGCUUUGCGUGCUCUCGCCGCUGCCCCAUCGAAUAAAUCAUCUAACUGA